GGCAGCGAGAGAGCAAACAUUGCCAGCCAGACUGCAGAGGAGAGGACCUUGGCGGCCAGGAGGCUCCGUGGAGAGGAGGUUCUGAAGGGAUGAAUCCUGAGCAGAGUGUAACCAGCACAUGAUGAAUUCUGUGAAUUCUCCUUUGUGGCACUGGUAAGGAGCAGGAAGAAGCACGGCAUCAGCUGAAGGAGGUUACCAGAGGCAUCCUCAGAUUCCUGGACAAGAAGAGCGCUGCAGAAAUGGGUGGUGAAUGCUCUAACACCAUUAGAGCCUACACAUCAUCCACAGCUGUAAUCUGGUUUUCCUCCCUGGCAGUCCCUGGGAGAGGGCUGGGAGCUGCCCUGCCCCGUGGUGCCUGGGGAUGGCCCCAGCCACACAAACCCCGUGUUCCAGUCAGCACUGGCUGCAAACAGUGUGUGAGGGCUGAAGCCUGGAAUGGGAGAGAUCCAUGUCCCUGACCCUGCUGGUGGCACUGAGGGACUGCUGCAGCUCUUCUGCACUGUCACCUCUGUGUGCUGGGACAGCCCCACAGUAGCUCUGACAGUGUUUCAUGCUCUGGUGUCCCAAUUACAAUGGAAAACUGGGGCAAGGAGGGUUUGUCUAGUCAUGAGUAAACCUUUACUAAGAUUUUUAUUGUCUUUUAAAUCAGUAACAAUGGAAACAGGCUAGGGCUCCAUUAAAUCUAAAAUUACUGAGGUAACCUUUUGCAUCUGUUCAUUUGAGGAUGAAGGGCAGAAGGCCAGGAAGACCAAACCAGAGGAGACCAGGUCACAAGACUGCAGCACUUGUCCUAUUUCCAUCAACCUCAGGUGACAUCUCAGAUCUCCAGCAAUGUCCUCGAGCAGGUCACCAGCUUUGCCUCAGGACCAUCACACCACCUGCCCUUGGCUACCACAUCCAGCCCACCCUGGACCUCAAGGAGCCAGCACUGAGCAUCAGGGGCUUAGAGAGCUUGCAGGACAGUUUAUCCUGUGAAUCCCUCUUAGGGUUGCAGAACAUUUUAGCUUACCUGUACGACCUGUACGUGUCCUGCAGCCACCUGAGGAGUGCGUUUGGAGACUGCUCAGGUGGGUGUGAGGGAGCUGCUGUCACCCUGCUCAGACUGGUGGGGGUUUGGAGACUGCUCAGGUGGGUGCGAGGGACUGCUGUCACCCUGCUCAGACUGGUGAGGGUUUGGAGACUGCUCAGGUGGGUGCGAGGGGACUGCUGUCACCCUGCUCAGACUGGUGAGGGUUCCCUUUGCUUUGCAUCCCGUGGAAAUCGCCGUGGCCUUUGCAGCCCUCUGUCACCGAUGCGGCUCCUCUGCCCAUGCCCGGGGGCUGUGCGGUCCCUGGGAGAUGUUCGGUCCCGCGGGAUUCUCGGUCUCCGGGGCUGUGCGGUGUCCGGAAGAUGUGCGGUCCCACAGGAUAUUCCAUCUCUGGGGUAUGUUCGGAGCCAUGGGGCUGUUCGGUCCCCGCGGGAUGUUCGGUCCCCAGAUGCUGUUCGGUCCCCAGAUGCUGUUCCGUCCCCAGAUGCUGUUCGGUCCCCGGGGGCUGUUCGGUCCCGGAUGCUGUUCGGUCCCCCAGAUGCUGUUCGGUCCCCGGGGGCUGUUCGGUCCCCGGGGGCUGUUCGGUCUCGGGGGAUGUUCGGUCCCCGGGGGCUGUUCGAUGCUGUUCGGUCCUCAGAUGCUGUUCGGUCCCCCGGGGGCUGUUCGGUCUCGGGGGCUGUUCGGUCCCCGGGGGCUGUUCGGUCCCCAGAUGCUGUUCGGUCCCCAGAUGCUGUUCAGUCCCCGGAUGCUGUUCAGUCCCCCGGGGGCUGUUCGGUCCCGGGGCCGCGCUCGGGGAGCCGGGGCUGA